CAGCGAUCAGAGCAAAGUUAUAUAACAAUGGCUGAGUCGGAUUUUCUGCCAAAUGAGUUUGAGAGAGAAGAUUUACCUCCAAUGACGUCAGCAUCUACGGGUGAUUCUGGUGAAGCAAGUCUUUCACAGCGGGAUAUGCACGUGCAAACACGUGAGGUACUUCAGACAAUUGCUACGCUGGAGAUGUACCGGGCUCAGAGAGAGGUGGCAAAUUACAUGGAACUCGCAUAUCUUAGGCUUGCCGAUCACCCAGACCAAGCCAGAGAGGUACGGAUGACGGCUCACUCGGCUCGAACCCAGCAUAUAAUGACUGCCGGGUUGAUGAAGAAGUUCACUGUGACAGCAAGUCACAUUGUCAAAACAAUGAUACCCAUGAUCCUUGACGCCGUCACAGAACUACAGAGUGCAGAAGUGGUAAAAGAUAUAUUUGGGCAAAUAAUUCAGAUAGCAGAGGAGAUGAAAGUAGAGACAGAGUCAACACAGAAACGAUAUCUGGAGAUCCAAGCGCAAGUACAAGAAAAUAUGGCAAACGUAAGCAAACGUAACAAAUUUGUUAUUGAUGAGCAGAAGAGGUUGAACUUGGAGAUGGAGCGAGAAAAACAGCUCGCCCGGGCUGCUGAACUUGCACGAGAAGAACUCAAUGAAGAAAAGCAGCGCAUGGAAGCAGAAUUAAAAUUGUUACAAUCUAAACGAGAGGAAUGUUGGACAAAUGCAGAGGAGGUUCGCAAGGAAACUAAUGACUCUAACUCUGAACGAACUUUCCUCGAUUCCGUGUUGUCACCAGGAUCAGCACUGGCAGGCGGUGUACAAGGUGCUGCUAUUGGAAUUCUAUCGUCAACAGUCAACUUCUUUACGGGACUAUUUCAUUCCAACAAACGCUCUAAUAAUUUAUCCAAGCUGAUGGAUGCGUACAGAGAAAGUCAAAACGCUGUCGAACGCACUUCCGAUAAACGUCGCGAUGUUAUUGUCCGGAUGCAGACACAGCGGAAGGAAGCACUGGAACGCCUAGCGACGCUUAAAAAGCUCGGCAGUGAAACUGCAACACUUGGCAACGUUGAAAGUCUCCGAGAAGCGCAUGCGCAGCUUGGUAACGUUGACAGGCAGUUCACACGGAUCAUAGAGUUUUGGUCGGGAAUGGCGGCUGCACUGAAAAUUCUCAGAGACGACACAACAUCUUCUAAAUCCUAUCUUCUGCAAAUCGAGAACCCUAAACACGCAGACAGGUUUAAAAAAUCCAUUGAACGGGCUGAAAAUGGUUGGAAGUUUUUUGGUCGUAUCUGCAGCGAUUAUGUGCAAGAGAACGACACAGAGAUCUGCUCGCUCUACAACUUCCUGUCUGCGCCGAUAGACAACAUGGGUACCAACGCACGUGCACAGCGUCAGCGUGAACUUCUUCUAAAAAUAGAGGACGACAUUAACAACACAUACCCAAAAGACGAAGAAUAAAACUGAUCAAAUAUCAGCAAAACAUUUCUAUCACUCACUGUUUACAUGUAUUCAGUAAUAUGCAACAAUCUUUAAUACUAUCUAUCGGAAUACUUGAACUUGGAAACAUUUAAGAUGAUUUAUCCAUGAAAGUUACCCAGUUUAAUAAACAGAUCACAUUUCUCGUGUACAUGUAUUAAAUAAAUGUCGCUGCUGAAUUACUAAUUACAGAGUUCCUGAAUACUGUUAUAAAGUGAAGUAAACAAUUUUUACCAGAAAUAAUUAAUUACAAAAUACAGAUACUGUAAAGAAUCAACUUGUGACCUUUAGGUAGGGAUACUGACCAUAUACCCGUGGCUAAAGUGUAGCUUUGUAUAUAAACUGACAUUCAAUUUUGCUUGCACGAAGUUGAUGGCGAUAAAUAAGUACAAAAUACCACUGACUGUAUCUCCUAAACUGUAACUAAAAUAGUUUGUGUUAUGUAAUUGAUCAAGAACUGUCUGUAUGACACUUAUAUGCCCAAGUGGUUGCCUCAGUAUUUAAUUUUGUAUUUUGCGGCCUUAACCUUUGGCAAAAUGAUCUAAUAAAUAAGGGGCAUCUACUGACUACAGGCACCAUCCUAAUGUCGCAGGGUCAAAUAUUUUCUAUCCAUUGUAUUAAAUAAAACAGUUACAAAACAUA